AUGGCUACUCCAAAAGGAGUUAUCAUCAGUAUAGAUAAUAGACAAUUGCAUGAAAAUAAUCAUAAAUCAUGUUAUACAGAAACUACACUAAUUGAUCAAGACUAUGAUGGUGUUGAAUCAUUGAAUGAUACCUAUGAUAAUGGUAGAAGUUCAUUCAAUAAUUAUGAUCAUAAUUUAUCAAAUAAUCGAAAAUAUUGUUCUACACCUAAUAUUCAAAAGGAAUUAUCAAAUACUACUACUACUACUAAUAAUAAUAAUAAUGGUCAUGAAAAUUACAUGAGUGAAACAAACUUUAACUGUUAUCAAGAUAUAACUCCAAGUAAAUCAUCUUCAUCAGCUUUAGAAUUACCAACAGAAGUAAUGUCUUCAGAAUAUGAUGAAAUAUUAACCCAAUCUAAUUAUAAAAUAGAUGGUAAUAAAUUACGAAAUCAGAAAUUCAACAACAAUACAAAACAACAUGAUGUAAUCAAAGCUACUGAUGAUUUACAAUAUGAAAGUGUUUCAUCAAUUCAUCAAAAAAUGGAUAGUCAUCAACAGAACAGAAAACAUAAUAAUCAAAUGAAUUAUGAAUCAAUUUCUUCUACAAUGUGUAUUAAUCAUAAAUUGAAGGUGAUUCAAGGUUCAACAGAUAUUCAAAAUUCAAUGUUUCAUUCAAAAAUCUCUUCAUCAUUGAAUAAUUUACAGAGUAAACUUCAAAAGAAUCAACAACAACACCAGGAGCAAGGAAAAUGUUAUCGACAUUUAUCGAAUCAAACAGACUUCAAAUACACGAAUAAUAGUCAACAUAAAGUAGAUUUGAUGUAUAAUUCAAACAAUAAGCAUAAUGAUGUUGAUACUGAUUUAUCCCGAAAAGUGACUUCAUCACUACGAUUACAACGAAAUUCAUCGGUGUCUUCACCACUUUUAAAUUAUCAAACUACAUCAGUUAAACUGCAAGACUCUGAGCAAGCCUUUUUAAAUCCCAUCAUAGAGAAUAAAGGUGCGAUUAUUUUAACUACACCACAAAACAACCAUGAUAGAUAUAAACACAAACAAAAUGUAACAAACAUUAAAAAUAAUCAUCAUAAUGGCUUAUCAUUUAGUCAUCUGGAUAAACUUCUACCUGAUCAUCAGGUUCAUAAUCGGUUCAAUUCAUUAAGUGCUAUUACUAACAAUCAAUCACGAUUAUCAAAGUUCAAUGGUGAACAUAAUUCAAAUUUACACUUCAAUUCAACUAUUCAUAAACAUUUGACUAAUAAACUUGAUGAUUCCUUUGUAUUACGUUGUGCAUCAAAUAUCGAUUUUUCAGAAAAUCAUCGAACGUGUGCUAACAGUAAUAUUCCUCGACCAAAUGGAACAGUUCAAUCAAGAACCAUCAAGUUGGACUCAGCAAAAAUAUCAAAUUUCAUAGAUCAGUACCAAAGUAAAUGCUUACCUAGAUCGAAUCAUGUCAAUCAUCAACAGUAUCAACCAGGAAGAAGUGGGAAAUUAUCAAAACACUAUUCACCUUUACCAGGUAAACCGAAUUUCAAUCAAGCCUCAUGUCACCAGAAUACAUAUACAAUGGCUAAUAAUAUUCAAAUUGAAAUUGAAGAUAAUCAUGAUCUGCACCAUAUUCAUCCACCUUCAGGUCUUGUUAGAAUCCAUAAAAUGUCAAAUGGUACCUAUGCUCAAGGUCAACUUCGUACUGUAUCAGACUCAAAAUCAUCUCUGCACAAAAUGUAA